GGCCGGUUCCUCCCCGCAGCCUCAGUCCAGAGGAAAGCUUUUCUUCUCGCAGCAGCAGCGGGAUUUUCUGCCUGCACACGCCGGAUAUUCAUCACAUUAAAAAACACUCCCGAGAGAAGAAGGACUGUUCCUGCCGUGUUUCCCUCCGCACCCCGCCUCUCUUAUUUUUUUCUGUUUUAUUUUUAUUCCCAGCCCCCUCUGACAGUCUGUGUCUGUCUGUGGCGCACUCAGGUUUCUUGUGCUGACAUGGUAGAUUAUCACGCUGCCAAUAACCAGUCCUCGGCCGCCGGGGUCUACAUGGAGCAAGAGAAUGACUGGGACCGGGACCUGCUGCUGGACCCGGCCUGGGAGAAACAGCAGAGGAAGACGUUCACGGCGUGGUGUAACUCCCACCUGCGGAAGGCCGGCACGCAGAUCGAAAACAUCGAGGAGGACUUCAGGGACGGACUCAAACUCAUGCUGCUGCUGGAGGUCAUCUCAGGCGAGCGGUUACCCAAGCCUGAGAGAGGCAAGAUGAGGGUCCACAAGAUCAACAACGUGAACAAAGCCCUGGACUUCAUCGCCAGCAAGGGAGUGAAGCUGGUCUCUAUUGGAGCAGAGGAAAUCGUGGACGGGAACGCCAAGAUGACCCUGGGAAUGAUCUGGACCAUCAUCCUCCGCUUCGCCAUCCAGGACAUCUCUGUAGAAGAGACCUCUGCGAAGGAGGGUCUUCUUUUGUGGUGCCAGAGGAAGACUGCUCCCUACAAGAAUGUCAAUGUGCAGAACUUCCACAUUAGCUGGAAGGACGGCCUCGCCUUCAACGCUCUGAUCCACAGACACAGACCUGAUCUCAUCGAUUACGACAGCCUCAGAAAGGAUGACCCUGUGACCAAUCUGAACAACGCCUUCGAGGUGGCUGAGAAGCACCUGGACAUCCCCAAGAUGUUGGACGCAGAAGACAUUGUGAACACGGCUCGUCCAGAUGAGAAAGCCAUAAUGACUUAUGUGUCCAGUUUCUACCAUGCCUUCUCUGGAGCACAGAAGGCUGAAACAGCCGCAAAUCGUAUCUGCAAAGUGCUCGCUGUCAACCAGGAGAACGAGCUGAUGAUGGAGGACUACGAGAAACUGGCCAGCGAGCUGCUGGAGUGGAUCCGUCGUACCAUCCCCUGGCUGGAGAACCGAACCCAAGAGAAGACUGUAAAUGACAUGCAGGCCAAACAGGAGGACUUCAGAGACUACCGCUGCGUCCACAAACCACCCAAGGUCCAAGAGAAAUGUCAGCUGGAGAUCAGCUUCAACACUCUGCAGACUAAACUGAGACUCAGCAACAGACCUGCCUUCAUGCCAUCAGAGGGACGCAUGGUGUCUGAUAUUAACGGAGCGUGGCACACCCUGGAAGGAGCAGAAAAGGGCUACGAAGAGUGGAUCCUCAGCGAGAUCAGACGUCUGGAGAGACUGGAACAUCUGGCAGAGAAGUUCCACCAGAAAGCUGCCAUCCAUGAAUCCUGGACCGAUGGUAAGGAGGCCAUGCUGACCCAGAAAGACUACGAGACUUCCACCCUGUCAGAAGUCAAAGCGUUGCUACGGAAACACGAGGCCUUUGAGAGCGACCUGGCUGCCCAUCAGGACAGAGUGGAGCAGAUCGCCGCCAUCGCACAGGAACUCAACGAGCUGGACUACUACGACUCUGCCACCGUCAACGCUCGCUGCCAGAAGAUCUGUGAUCAGUGGGACGUCCUGGGAGCCCUCACCCAGAGCCGCAAGGAGUCACUGGAGAGGACGGAGAAGCAGCUGGAGUCGAUAGAUGAGCUGUACCUGGAGUACGCCAAGAGAGCGGCACCCUUCAACAACUGGAUGGAGGGAGCCAUGGAGGACCUGCAGGACAUGUUCAUCGUCCAUAAUAUCGAGGAGAUCCAGGGUCUGAUCACAGCCCACGAGCAGUUCAAGUCCACCCUGCCAGAGGCCAACAAGGAGCGAGAGGCCAUCCAGGCCAUCCAGGCGGAGGUGCAGAAGAUCGCCCAGAGCAACGGCAUCAAGCUGAGCGGAGCGAACCCGUACACCACCAUCACACCUGAGAGCAUCGACAGCAAAUGGGAAAAGGCGAUGGCCAUGGUACCUCUGCGUGACACCGCCCUACAGGAUGAGCUUAACAAGCAGAACAACAACGACACACUGAGAGCCAAGUUCGCCACUCAGGCCAACGCAGUCGGCGCCUACAUACAGGCCAAGAUGGAGGAAAUUGGCAGGAUAUCCAUUGAGAUGAACGGCACUCUGGAGGACCAGCUGACCAACCUGAAGGAGUACCAGAAGACCAUCAUGUCUUACAUGCCUGAAAUUAACAAGCUGGAGGGAUCCCACCAGCUCAUCCAGGAGGCCCUCAUCUUCGACAACCAGUACACUUCCUACACAAUGGAGCACCUCCGCGUGGGCUGGGAGCAGCUGCUGACCACCAUCGCCAGAACCAUCAACGAGGUCGAGAACCAGAUCCUGACGCGUGAUGCUAAGGGCAUCAGCCAGGAGCAGCUCUACGAGUACCGCGCCUCCUUCAACCACUUUGACAAGACUUUACAAGGGGGUGAGAGAAGAGCCAAACGUGACCACAGCGGGGCCCUCAUGGCCGAGGAGUUCAAGGCCUGUUUGAUCAGUCUGGGCUACGAUGUGGAGAACGACAAGCAGGGCGACACCGAGUUUGCUCGCAUCAUGGGCAUCGUUGACCCCAAUGGCAGCGGCGCCGUCACCUUCCAGGCCUUCAUUGACUUCAUGUCCAGGGAAACGACCGACACGGACACAGCAGACCAGGUCAUCGCCUCCUUCAAGAUCCUGGCCGCUGAUAAGAACUACAUCACGGCCGAGGAGCUGAGGAGGGAGCUCCCUCCGGACCAGGCAGAGUACUGCAUUGCCCGCAUGGCGCCCUACACGGGGCCGGAUGGCGUCCCCGGAGCCCUCGACUACAUGUCCUUCUCCACCGCCCUGUACGGAGAGAGCGACCUGUAGAGGAGGCAAGAGGAAGAGGAGGGCUGGACAGACAAGGGAGGGAGAGGAGGAAGAGGGGAGGGAGGGAGAGAGUUCUUCUGUCAGGAGGCGAGCGUUUGGAGUGAGCGGUGUUUGAGGUGCCCCUGCGUGUGCCGGUUUAGAAGUGAUCAUAAAUGUUUCAGCCUGAGCUCGUUGAUUGAACUGUAGUUAGCUUUGGCCUCAGCUCCGUUAACAGAUCGAGGGUCCGUUUGUCGUAAAGUUUAUAUGAACAGGCAUAUCCAGGGGCAGCUGCUCUGUAGUGUGGGUCCUUAGCUUCACCCUCUCUGCCUUUGUGGGAUCAAACAGGGGAGGGACGGUUAGGACUGGGGGGGGGGACACAAGCUAAUCUGAUACUUAUGCUAAUUUUUGUUUAUUUUAUUAUAAUUUUUUCUUCUUGCCAGUAGGUUCAGGGCAUGGGGGCGGGGCGGGCGGGGCGGUGUGGGGUUUGACGUGGCAACUGGCGAGGUUUGUGUAUUAGAUCCUAGAGAGAUAUAUGCUGCGGGGUCAGGAGGGCGGAGGGGGGAGGGGGGUGUUGACCAACCAGAGAUAAAAUGACAUAUUUACCCAUAAUUCUCAUGUUGCUGGAUAAGGUGACCUGUCUAACCUCAGCUCUUUUCCUCCUCCUGUCUUCGUUUAUUUCUUUGUUUGUUUAUUUUCUGGAGCAGACGGGCGGGUGUCAGGGUGGGGUCGGGUGGGGUCGGGUGGGGACGAUGGGAGGGGCGGGACUCAGCGCUGUACAUACUUAUUUUUUCAGUGCGAAGGACGACACACACAGUCCCAGCUGUCGAGAAUAAUCGAUCACAGGCGAGACAUUUAUUAAAAAAAUCAACAAAAUGACACAAACAGAAAUUCGAAGCAGUUUGACCAGCGGGAAGGUUUCGAGCUUCAGAUUUUCUUUUCAGGAUUUUCUUUUCUUUUGCAAUUUAAAAAAAAAAAAAAACUCGUCAUGGAACAAGUUGGUAGCCGUGAAGCUGAGGUUUGUGUACCUAAAGGCCUUCUUCUGUAUAAAUCCCACGAUGGCCAACACCAUAAUCAUCCACUAAUAUUUGCUUCUGUGAAACUAUUCUCCUCCUGGGCUCGUUUGGCAUCCGGUGCUUAUUUAAAUACAAACGAAACAUUUAUACGAUAGAGAGACUGUAGUAGUAAAAGUUAGAACAGUUUUAUAUACAGAAAGCACGUACACACACUCACACACAGAAAUAUAUACGUCAUGUUUAGGAGGCAUUUUGAUUGGUUGAAUGAAGGUUCUUGCACUUCCUGGCUUUUUAGGGUUACCGUGGUAACGUGCAGUGGACAGAUCAGAUGUGAUUUUUGGAUGAAAUGAAAUAAAUAAAUAAAUAAAUGUGCCUGUUGGUGGCUGCAGUCCUGUCCCCCCUCCAUCUCCAUCUCCAUCUCUCUCACUUUGUCCCUACCUCACUCUCCCACCUCCUCCCCCUUCUCUCCCUCACCCCUCCGCCCCCUCCCCAUUUGUCUCUGAAGAAAAGGGAAAUGACAUUUUACUGCAAAGAACGAGCAGAGUGAAGAUCAGAGAGGGGUGAUGUCAUGUAAACAUUCCAUUAUGUGCAAAUAAAAUCUUUUAAAAAGGAAAUUGUUAUGUAAAAAAAAAAAAAGAAGAAAAAAACUAUGCAAUCAUAACGUGUUCAAUAUCUGCGUUCUGGGAAAGUCGUGGUCAUCAAUCAGGCCCUUAGUGAGAGAGCUCCCUGUCUAAAUUUAAUGAUUUCUCCAGUGUUUGUCGGCUGUUAGAGGGGGAGGAGGGGGAGACGGGGGAGACGGGGAGGGACAGACAGGGAAAGAACUGAGAAGAAGAGACUCGGACCAAAAGCUUGUUUCUUUCUUUCUUUCUUUUUUUUUCUUUCUCUUUUUUUUUUCCCUGCAAGCUCGGAGAGAAAAGAAACGAACUCUGGAAUUGUGAUUUUCCUUUUUUUGUACUCUUUAAUAUCAAACCUUAUCUGCUGUACUGGAAACUGCAACGCCUUCUGUCUCUAAUGAUAAGUGAGUUUCACAAAGCACACAUAAAAGUUUCCUUACAAAAUA